GGAGGAGUGAGUUGACUUUGUUCAGUGUAGAGUUUGAGUCGCAGUGACGCGCCGCGGACCCGCAGCAUCUGCAGCGCUCGGCCACAAGUUCUCAUCAACAUCACAUCUGAUGUCUUCUCUGGCAAUGCAUCUUGGAAAGUAUCUUCUGGAAUGUCUAAUCCAACCCUGGCAGUCUUCAGGAAAAAUGUCUCCACACCCCGCAUUCAUUGCCUCCAGUAAAGUCAUCUGGUCAUGUGGAUGGUGGUCAUAAACCUUCCACCUCCAUGCAGAGAAAAACUCCUCUAUGGGGUUUAAGAAGGGGGAGUAUGGAGGCAGGAAUAAUACUGACAUCCUGGGAUGUGCUGCGAACCAGUCUGUGACUGCAGCAGAGUGGUGGAAUGCCACAUUAUCCCACACCACAACGAAGUGAGUCAUGGCUCACAGUGACGGCUGAACGACCGCUGCGUCUCACACACAUCUGUUGUCCUGUAGUUGAUGGAGUGUGUUGUGUGUUCGAGGUCAUGGCCACGGGCUCUUCCAGAACAGACUGUAGCAAUAACGUCCGAGAGCUGCACGCCAUCGUUUCAGGUGCCAAACUCAAGAGGAAGAAGAACUGGUUCGGAACCACCGUCUAUGUGGAAGUGACAUCGGAGGGAGAGAGCAAGAAAACCGCCAAAUGCCACAGCUCCUCCCACCCCAAAUGGGACGAACGGCUGACACUGAGCGUGACGCCUCACUCGCAGCUGGACUUCAGAGUCUGGAGUCAUCACACACUGAAGACAGACGCUCUGCUGGGAAAAGCCUCACUGGACCUGAUAGAGACACUCCGCAAACAUGACAGCAAACGUAUAACUCUUCUCUCUCCUCUUGAUUUCUCCAGAUUUGUCCUGUUUAAAGGAACCGUUCAACCAAGAAAUCUAAAAUUCAGUCUUCAUCGAUUCGCGCUCGUGUGGUUGUACAGUGAGGGAAAUAAGUAUUUGAUCCCCUGCUGAUUUUGUAAG